AUGAAGAUUUUUGUCGAAUUGAAAGAUCAUGAGGACAAGCUACAUCAAGAAUUCGAGUGGAAUGCCAUAGGCCAAGUUUGUUUUUUUAUUCAUCUUCCAAUUUUUUUUCGAUAACUUUUAGGGAGAGAUUUCUCAGCUGAAGGAUCAAAUAAAAUUGGUGUUCUCUAUUGAUCACGUUUUCCAACAGCUGUCAUACAAUGGAGCCCUAAUUCGAGCAGACACUGUGAAGGAAGCUGGAUUAAAGGACAAAGAAACGUGUGUUGUGGUAAGUUAAAAACUUUUUGCUAUUCAUAUUUAAAAAUUGUAUUAAAUCAUUCUUCUAUAGUUUUUCAAAUUAUUAUUGAAGUUUUUUUACUGGAUACAGAUAUAGUAGAGUAUGGAUUUAAUAAUUUUCGAGGUUCAAAAACUAUGUUAUCAUUUCUUAUCUAUGUUUAAGAAUUACUGUUAAUUGUUUAUACAGCUAGAGAAUUAACUUUCCGGCUCGUUAUGAUAUGAUUAACAAUACAAAGGCAGACAGACAAUUAGACAAUUAUUAUUCAGUCAGUGAAAUAUAUUUUGUCUAAGGCUACUUAAUUCUGAAAUUACUUUGUGCUAAAUUUUCAUUUUUUCAGAAACACGCCUUGAUUCAAAACUGGGCUGUCUUUCUGCAACGAUACAGAAGGUUGAAAAGCCUACGAACCAGUGACGAGCAAGGAGAUAUGGCGCAUUCUCUCCUUGGAAUGGUCGAUAUUCUCAAAACAGGAGGAUUUUUCGCUUGUUACGUCAACAUCCACACAGUGUGCGACGAAAUCUGCGCGGACGUGCGAGAGCAUUUAGGAGGGUUUCGAGAAACCAUAGAAAUGGCUGCUCGCUAUUUCUUUUUCAACUUGAAGAAGAACGGCAGACCAGAUGCCUUUGUUUAUAAAGUAUGUUUUUGAAGUUUUCGAAUUUAAAUAGUUCUCAUGAAGUAAAUAUAUAUUGCUUUGCAGAUUCGUUUUGAUGAAAAGCUGGCUGGUGUUCAUUCCGGCCGAUUAUGUACGGUUACGGAUCAUGAUGGCACAACGAAUUAUCAUAUAAAAACGAACUACGGAGGACCAAAAAAAUCAAGCUCUCGGUCCGGAAUGCCGCCAAAUCUUCGAGAAGUAUUCGGUUAUUCGCUCCUCCAGCUGAUUGGAGUUGGACCUGAGUCGCAUUUUUUCUGUCCUCCUCCUGGAACUUCGACUAGGACAAUCUUUAUAGCAACAAAGUCCGUACUCAAUUUUGAGAGUAAUCGAAUGGAUCAGCUCACUACGAAGAGCAAAAACAUCAAAAACAUUCUGAUCGAAAUUCACGUUCUGUGCUCUAUUUUUUGUAUAACAGACGUUCAUCAAGACAAUUGUGGUCAGGUCGAUGGGAAAACAAUCAUCAUCGAUUUCGCCAUACCCUUUCGAGAAGGUAUGUUUUUAUGAAAUGUAUAAGAAACGAAUUAUCAACAUUUUUAGGGUAUCAACGGGAAAACGUUUGUCAGCUUGUUCGCGAAGGAACGCCCGCUCCUGUUGACACUCUUGUGAACGACGUUGCAAACAGAGAGCUCCGAAAAGUAGUGGAGGCAUGUUCUUCAGACGAACGCAUCAAGAUUGCAAGAACUGCGAUAGAUAAAUGGAAUUUAAUGGAUUCGAUCGAGAUUGCUAAGGUUUCUUAUGUUCUAGGUUAAUUUUAACGAUGGUGAUUUUUUAAGGUUCGUACGAACACAGUGAAAGAAAUUAUGGAAGCUCAAGGAAUAACAAUCGAAAAAACGGAAGACUUUGCACAAUAUUUCGCAGAUGUGAAGUUUAAUUGUUCUUUAUUCCUUUAG